AUGCCCAUUACCAUUGAUCAGUUUAAUAACUUAUCGAAACAGGCACAUUCGUCGGUAGAGAAAGGUGCAAUGCUAGCCGCUGUACGUUUACGAAAGUUGAAGGCCACUCGAACAGGUGCACUCGAUAAUUAUUGCAUCACUGCUGAUGUACUGAAAGCAGCUAUUCAGGAAGAUAAAAGAAAUGGACUGAUACCGUUUAUAUUGAUAGCGACCGUCGGCACAACUUCAACAUGUGGCGUGGAUCCAGUGGACGAGCUAGCAGGAAUCUGUAAUGAGGAGAAUAUGUGGAUACAUGUCGAUUCUGCAUAUGCAGGCUCAUUUCUUUUGUGUCCUGAAUAUCGAUAUUUGGUUAAAAGACUCGAUCUCGUUGAUUCAUUUAAUACGAACGUUCAUAAAGCGUUACAAAUCAACUUCGAUUGUUCACCAAUGUGGUUCAAGAAUGCCCAACAAGCUGUAAAAUACUUCGAUGUAGAACCGUUAUAUCUAAAGCACGAGCAUCAGUCGCGCUCUGUUGACUACCGGCACUUGCAAAUAGCACUUGGACGUCGUUUUCGAUCGUUGAAAAUUUGGUUUGUUUUGCGCAAUAUUGGAAUUGGACGACUUCAACAGCAACUUAGGAAGAUGAAUGAAUUAGCUGAAUAUUUUGCCGAGUUGGUUACGAAGGACGAACUUUUGGAACUGUUCGUGCCACAACAUCUUGGACUUGUCUGCUUUAGAAUCAAGAAAUCGACGAAUGAAAUGAAUGAACGUUUAAACGAAAUGUUGAACGAGGAUCGUCGAGUUCAUGUGGUACCAUCAUCAGUCGACAAUACCUACUUCUUGAGAGUUGCAAUUUGCAGUCAACUCACCACUCGUCAGCAUGUUCAUUUUGCAUACACAAUCAUACAUACGUUUGUCACUCAAAUCCUAAACGCUGAUAGUGUCGAAGCAACAUCAAAAUAA